AAGUGCCCAUUAUGGACGAAUAAAAAAAAGUUAUAUAAAGUAAAUAGUUUAGUUUUCAAAACAUAGCAGGUUGCUGUCGUGUAAACAGUAAUUCAUAAAUGUUUGAGCGAAAGUAAAAAUGUCAUCUAUUAAUUCUAAUAAUCUUGUACCUUGUCCUGUUUGUAAUAGUGAAUUUUCUAAAGAUGUAAUAGAAUCGCAUGUAAAUAAAUGCAUAUUCCUGUCUGAAUCGCAAAAUGAUUCCAAUUCCAAUAAUUUUAAGAGGAAUUCACCAUUUGAAUCAGAGUCGAAAUCUUCUCCACGACUUAAGCGUGUUAAAAUUACUGAGAACAAAAGUUCGUCAUCAUCAACACAAUUUGGGAAUCAUAGUAAACUGAAAUAUAAUGACAAUCGCAAUGUAUUAAAUAAAAGCAAUGUACCCUUAGCAGAGUUAAUGAGACCAAUUAUUCUUGAAGAUAUAGUAGGACAUAAGGAGUUAUUUGGCAAUGGAUCCUUGUUACAGUCUAUGCUUUCCAACAAAAAGAUUCCAAACAUGAUACUAUGGGGUCCUCCAGGUUGUGGAAAGACAUCAAUUGCUAAUGUCAUUGCUAAUAUUUGUAAGGAACAGGAGAGUCUUAGAUUUGUUAAGUUAUCGGCUGUAAUGGUUGGCAUUAAUGAUGUAAAAGAAGUUAUAAAAGCUGCAAAAAAUGAGUUACAAUUCAAAAGGCACACUGUAUUAUUCAUGGAUGAAAUUCACAGAUUUAACAAGCUACAACAAGACACAUUUUUACCUCAUGUUGAAAAUGGCACAAUUUCAUUAGUUGGGGCAACUACAGAGAAUCCUUCAUUUAGUUUGAACAAUGCUUUGCUAAGUCGGUGUAAAGUUAUUGUAUUGCAAAAACUAUCAACAAAUGAUGUAACUAAGAUUUUAGAAAAAGCUAUAGCUCAAAAUGAAAAAGCUGUGAUUGUUGAUGAUUUGAAUGGUGAAGCUGUUAAUGAUAUGGGGGAAGAUUUUAGAUGUUCAAUAGAGAGAAAGUCAUUAAAAUGGUUGGCUGAAAUGAGUGAUGGAGAUGCAAGGAUAGCUCUCGGUGCUUUAGAGCUUACUAUAAUGUCCCAAGCAGCAAAUCAAAUUUCUGGGUUAAUUAGCUUGCAAAGUUUGAAAGAAGGAAUCAAGCGAACACAUAUUCUAUAUGAUAGUAAGGGAGAAGAGCAUUAUAACAUAAUAUCAGCCAUACAAAAGUCCAUUCGUGCCAGCGACGACAAUGCAGCCCUGUACUGGACCACACGAGCGCUGCACGCAGGAGAGGAUCCCCUGUAUAUCGCCCGACGAUUAAUCAGAACAUCCUGCGAAGACAUAGGAUUAGGAGACCCGAAUGCAGUCGUGGAGGCUGUAGCAUGCCUACAAGGCUGCCAACACAUAGGAAUGCCCGAGUGCGAUGUGUUAUUGGCACAGUGCGCCGUGAGAUUGGCUCGCGCACCUAAAAGCACCGAAGUAUACCACGCUAUGAAGAACGUCCAACGCACAUUGAACAACUCAAGAGGACCGCUUCCAUCUGUACCCUUGCAUUUAUGUAAUGCUCCCACCAAACUAAUGAAGGAACUAGGAUAUGGCAAAGGAUAUAAUACACAGCAUAAGAAUGAAUCUGGUUUGACAUAUAUGCCACAGGGUUUAGAAAACACAAAUUUUUUCAAUGUUCAUGAUAAUGGUGAUUGAUAAAAAUUCAUUUAUAUCAUUUAUGUUAACAAAAUAAAAAACAAAAA